CAACCAUCAUAUCCCCAUGUUUGAUGGUUGAAGCCCCUUUUGGCCAACAUUCGGGCCAUGAAGAUUGCGUGUCUCCGGGUGAGCGGAGGGAUUGCUUGCGACCUGGACCUGAAUGAGGACGCUACAGUGGGAGAGCUACUGCAGCAAGUGGCAAAGGCUGUGUCGGAACCCGUGGAAUGCCUACGACUCUUUCACGACACCAUUGUGCUGGGCCUCGAUCAAGGGACAACGCUGCUGUCGCACUUGGAUCUGAAGGAAGGGGAACGAGGAAGCGACGUGCUGGUGUUGUCCCUGAUGAUCCACGCACCACGACACGUAGAGUGGCCAAGCGACUCUGCUUGGACCGGCUGCGGAGGUAAUCCAACCGGGACAGCUCGUUGUGAAGGCCUGGGCAAUUGUGGUGACAAGUGCGAAGAUUGUGGUGCCAGUACGCAUUGGCGCUGUUGCGGCUCCAGCGACAGAGCUUCCGAGUUCUGCGCGCCGGGCACCAGGCCGGAACAGGCCAGGCGCAACAACGAAAUUGCCAUGAAACCCUAUGACCCAGAUGAUGAGAAGCCAACGUAUGCGGAACAGGCGUGACUGGACCCAGAUCUUGUGGAAGUUUCCCUUGGAGCGACGAGUUGGUGAAGUCUGUGAACAUCCUGGACCAGCUGACUCCAGCUAUCUCCAGCUCAAUGAGGACCGGUUGCAUUGGAAGCUGAAAAAAAA